AUGAGCAACGACCAGACUCGUCGUACCAGCUUCGGGAUGUUGCUUCGACGCAGUAAGAGCGGUGAUCUGGGCAAGGGCGGCCGUAAGGCGCAGGCCCUUAGAGAGGCCGAGCUCGAACGCCAGCGCCAGGCCGCUUCUCGUGUUGCUCCCAAGCUGCCCGAGUUCGCCAACCAUAGCGAACAGCUCUCCAAGUCUUUUGGCCCCGAAUUGCGACCCGAGUCGCCAGCCAGCGCCCCCCGUUCCGACUACUCUGCCAUCCGACCCUCCGCCGAGUACUCGCGCGGCUACGGUGCUGCCAUUACCUCUCCUGUCGCCGUCCCUGUUCCUCCGCUGCCGAAUGGCGGCUACGAUCCCUAUGCCAGAACCGAGAGCAUGACCAACCGUGGUCGGUACAGCUAUGCUAGUAGUGCUAUUAGCACCGUCAACAGCCCUCGUCGCGUUCGCAGAAGAAAGGAUCCUACUCCAUUGAACAUUCUCAUCAUUGGCACACGUAACUCUGGCAAGACUUCCUUUCUCGAGUUUCUCAAAACCGCACUCGCUCUCCCACCCAAAAAGCGAGCCAAGAAGGGUGAUGAUGAGGUCCCUGAAAACCGCAACACUCCCUCUGGAAACUUCAUUCCCCACUACCUCGAGACCGAGAUUGAUGGCGAGCGUGUUGGCUUGACCCUCUGGGAUUCGGAGGGCCUGGAGAAGAAUGUGGUUGACCUUCAACUUAGGGAGAUGUCAGCCUUCCUUGAGAGCAAGUUCGAAGAGACCUUUGCCGAGGAGAUGAAGGUCGUGCGCUCCCCAGGCGUACAAGAUACCCACAUCCACGCGACCUUCCUCGUCCUCGAUCCCUCUCGUCUUGACCGUAAUAUUGCGUCUGCGAGAAACCCAGCCAUCAACGGCCAGCAGAAUGGCCACGCCUCGAGCAUUCGCGUUCUUGGCAGCCUUGACGAGGAUCUUGACCUUCAGGUUCUUCGCACCCUCCAGGGCAAGACAACUGUCAUCCCGGUCAUUGCCAAGGCAGAUACCAUAACCACGAAGCACAUGAAUGUGCUCAAGAGGAGUGUGUGGGAUAGCAUCAAGAAGUCUGGCCUGGACCCUAUGGAGGCUCUUGGCAUUGACGAUGAAGACGACGGCAGCAUCUCGUCUGACCGGAUUGCCGAAGAAGAGGAUGAAGACGACGAGGACGAGAUUGCUGGGCGCCGAGAAGGUGCUCAAACACCCGAGGGCGAUGAUCUGCCGAUCCAAGGCUCGCGAGAUAGCCCGGCCGCCUCCCCUAGCUCUAAACGGCUGUCAACGAGCUCUAUCCGACGACACCGAGCACAGGAGGAGGCUAAAGAGAAGGAUGAUGAGAUUCCCUUCUUGCCGCUUUCCAUCAUCAGCCCUGACCUGUAUGAACCAGGUGUUGUUGGCCGACAGUUCCCCUGGGGAUUUGCUGACCCCUACAACGAGGAACACUGUGACUUCCAGCGCCUCAAGGAAGCUGUCUUCAGUGAAUGGCGCUCUGAGUUGCGUGAGGCCAGCCGAGAACAGUGGUAUGAAGGAUGGAGGACGAACCGACUCAAGCAGAGGGAAGUUCCCUACCGCCACCGAUAG